CUCAGCUGUGAGCUGUCUGAGAAAUUUGGUAAAAUCAGUAGCUAGAAUGUAUGGAGAGCAUUGGUCGGGCUUUCCUGCAGUGUGACUGCAGUGAUUCUCCUCGAAAAUGCAGCGUUCCAAAGACUUGCCAAAGAUCCCUCCUCACUAUUUCCACGAACUACCUCAGGAGGACGAAGAAAGACUAGAAAAGCUAUUCAUAAAACUUGACAAAAACCGUAAUGGAAGGAUUGAUAUUCAAGACCUGUCUGCAGCCCUACACGAGCAUGGGGUAAAUCAAAACUAUGCAAAGGGUUUUUUAAGAAAUAGGAUAAAUAAGAGUGGUGAACUGUCACUUGCUGAUUUUAUUUAUUAUGUGAGAGAGCACGAAAAGAAUUUGAGGUUGCACUUUGCCAGCUUAGACAAGAAUCGAGAUGGAAGGAUUGAUUUGGAGGAACUUAUCAAGGCUUUUCAUGAGCUGGGCAUUCCCCUGGAACGUCAAGAGGCCACCAAUUUACUACUUAGAAUGGAUCAAGAUGGGAGUUUGAACAUAAGUUACGAUGAGUGGAGAGAUUUUUUGCUUUUGGCUCCGAGCAGUAACAUCCAAGACUUAAUAACUUACUGGAGACAUUCUACAUAUUUGGACAUUGGUGAGGAUAUGAAUGUCCCAGAUGAUUUCACUCCAAAUGAAAUGCAAACUGGAAUGUGGUGGAGACAUCUGUUAGCUGGUGGAGUUGCCGGUGCUGUUUCAAGAACCUGUACAGCUCCAUUAGAUAGACUAAAAGUAUUUUUACAAGUGCAACCUUCUAAGCAGAAAAUAUCACACUGUUUAAGUAAUAUGGUAAAGGAGGGAGGAAUAAGGGGAUUAUGGAGAGGAAACGGCAUGAACGUGUUAAAAAUAGCCCCGGAAACAGCCAUAAAAUUUGCUGCCUAUGAACAAGUAAAAAGGCUAAUUAAAGGCGAUUCUAAAGAAGCUUUGACUAUAUAUGAGCGGUUCUUUGCGGGUGCAGCGGCAGGCGGAGUUAGUCAAACCAUAAUCUACCCAUUAGAAGUUCUGAAGACAAGGUUAGCGUUAAGAAAAACUGGCCAGUACAGUAGCAUAGCAGAUGCAGCUUAUAAGAUUUAUAUAGGGGAGGGACUUAGAGCAUUUUACAGAGGUUACAUUCCAAAUAUAUUGGGCAUAAUCCCUUAUGCCGGCAUUGAUUUGGCUGUAUACGAAACUCUUAAGAAAAAGUACCUAAAGACCCAUUCUACCACGGAGCAGCCGGGUUUUUGGAUGCUCCUGGCAUGCGGAAGCGCCAGCAGUACUUUAGGACAGAUGUGCUCAUAUCCGUUGGCUUUAGUGAGGACUAGACUGCAAGCCCAGGUAAUACAUGCUUCUAUUAAUCCAUCUACGGCAACAAUGUCUGGAGUUAUUAAAACGAUUCUUGAAAAGGAAGGAAUUGUCGGUUUAUACAGAGGCAUAACCCCAAAUUUUAUUAAAGCAAUUCCAGCCGUUAGUAUAAGCUAUGUGACUUACGAGUACUCUAGUCGUUUGCUAGGUAUACAUAUGACAUGAUGAAAAUGGACUUUAGGCGAUUUUUUUAAUUUUUUUAGUUAAUUUUUAGUACGCUGAAAAGCUAUAAUUCCUUCCUAGUAUUCCCAGUUUUUUCUUCUUCUUUUAUUGUUAGAAUUUCAAUUAUAAUUGAAAGAAACUCUUAGGUUUAAGCAUGGGUUCUGUGAUAAUUUGUAAUAAUGUAUAUAUUCCUUCCUGUUUAGUCAGGAAGCUAGCAGGUUUUGCUUCGUUAAAAGUUUUUUUUAAAAUUUAAGAUCCAAAGAUCUGGCUGAGAAGCAAAGCUAUACAUAUUCCAUUUAAAAUGUGUUCUAAAUUGUCUUAGCAGGAAAAAAAAGAAAUUUAGAUUAAUGGUUUUGAAAAACUGGCUUGCAUUUAAGUAUCAUUACAGAAAAAAACAAUAAUAAAUCAAAAAAUAUUUGUGAUGAUACAACAAAUUUAAGUUUUAAAUUAAUUAUAUUGUGAGGCCCGUAAUAUAAAAUUCUGCUUUAUUUAGUGUACAUUGUUUUUUUUUUCUUAUGGCUCAUUUUUAUUUUAUCGGAAAAUUAGCGUAGUUCAAAUGAUCAUAUUUACAUUUCCUUUUCAAUUGGGGUUUUUUCUUUAUCAGUUUAUCUAUUAAAUACAAUUUACUUGAUAUGUGCAUGAUAUAAUAAAUCAGAGUUCAUCUGUCAAUAUGUGAUUAAUAAUUGUAAAUAAUAGUUUAUUUUGAAUUACAAUUUGAGAUAGCCAGAAUUCACUUAUAAACUAUUAUGUUUGGAGAAUAUGCAUAAAAUCCAAAUGAUAGAGUUAAGAACUAAUCAUUUUUGUGAGAAUUACAUAUUGGUCAUGGAGUAAGGAAAAAAACCAUAAUUUUUAAAAUACUAAGUUUUACAGGAAGCACUAAACAUGGCAAUUUUUUUUCUAUACUAGAGCUCCCUAAUUUAUAAAUUUUUUGUUAUGUUUACCACUUAGCUGAUAGCUGCUCUUUUUGAGAAAUUUGCAUUCUAAGAUUAAUAGUCGGGAUUAUUUUGCUACCGAAAGCAUGAAUAGGAGAAAUAUGGAGAAUACCGACCACUUAAGGGAAAUAAUUAUUAUAUAUUAAACUAGCUGGAAUUUAAAACUUAUUUUGUGCAAAAUUUAACAAAGUUAAAUAAAUUAUAAGGUACUGUUGGGUAAUAAGGCCGGGUUAAGAAAAAUAUUUUUGUUAUAACCAAAUAAAAAAUAUUUUUAUUACAAAGUAAGAUACAAAAGAUAAAUCAACAUGUAUUCUUUUAAAAAACAUAACUAAAAAAUGAAAACAAGAAUUUUUAAACAUUCAUAAUGCAAAAAAAUAAAAACAACUCUUUUGGCCUUAUUACCAGCAUAGGCAGGUAAUAUGGCCACGGAGUAAAAUUUGUAGCAGGUAAUAAGGCCGAUUUUUAAAAUUUCCUCAGGGCAUGCAUUCAGGGCAAAUAAAUGCUUCUUUAUCUUCAACUGUUAGUCCAACACAUUCUUCGUGAACCCAAGUACCACAAGAUGAACAUGCUCUCAUAUCGGCUACAAAGUCAAGCAGGCAAACAGAACACAUCCAUACAGCUGAAAGGCUCGUAGUUGGCGUAUUGGCGGACUUCCUCUUCACAACAGAACCCUUUUUUGAGAUAUUGGUAACCUUUUUACCAGAACUACGAUCCUUAAAUAUGUGCCUUUUGACCUCUUGAGCACGAUAAUUCAAAGCCUUUCUUCGAUUGGAGGUUUUUAUUGGUGCCAUAUCAGGUGUAACUAAAACUUCAGAGAAAGAGUUUUGAUGUGAAGUUUCUCCUUUUUCAGCUAAAUCUUCUGACUGAGUUGAUUGAGACUGAGACUGAUCUGCAGGGCUGGUACUGGAAUGUACUGUUGAAUUAUCCUUAGUUGUCUUAAAUAAUGUUGCUAAUGGAAUAUCAUCUUCCGAAUCCCAAAGUUCUUCCCUUACUAUGGCACUUUCCUCACUAUUUUCAAUAUUUUGACCACGAUGAGUUGGAAGACUUGGGGCGAAUGCAUGUUCAGGAAUGGCGUUUCUACUGAACGGGUAGAUACCAGUUGAUCUAAAACCAUUGCAGAUGUUAUUAAUAGUCAUGCACUUUCCCCAGACUGGCGUAAAUACAUCAGAAAAUCUCUCUUUACUCAACCUUCUAUCAGGAUGUUGACUCCAAUAUUCAAGAAGCUGUUGAUCCCAGUGGGAUUCAAAAGACCGGAAAACGGAUUUGUCCAUUGGCUGGAGCUCGUGAGUCGUAUUACUGGGUAGGCAUAAAAGCUCAAUUCCUAAAGUUUCUGCCUUUUCAGCAAUGGACUCAUCUAGGUGACUUGACGCUCCAUCAAAAAUUAAAAUUGUUGGAGGGGAAGACAUAAAUUGUGAGAAGUGCUCCAGCCAUUUGAUAAAUAUCUCAGUCGUCAUGCUGCCCUUUGCGGUCAUGUGUACAGCUGAGCCUGCUGGUAAACCAUCAGAAUAGCAAGGUUUUCCACGUUGCCCUUUGAAUAAAAUCAUAGGUGGUAUGACAUGGCCUAGGGCAUUUGCACAAGCGACUACUGUGACGUUUUCCGCAUGUUCAGGCGCCACUAAGUGCACUCUUUUGGCACCUUUUUGGGCUAGUACUAGCUGCUGGUGAUGAAGGGUUAAUCUGCAACCCUUCUCAUCCAUGUUGUAAAUUUUUUCGGGGCUAUGUUUUAAUCCGGUUCUACACAGCAGAGCAUCCAAUUUAUCAAAAUAAUCAUUUACAAUGAAAUGAUUCAAUUUCUGAGCUCGGGCAGGAUUUAAUUGCUGUGCUUUGCGUUGAGCUAUUUGUGGAUGACGUCUUAGAAAGGCACGGUACCAUUCUUUACCCGCCAAUUUUUUUUCCCGGUUAAAUUUAUGUUUAACGCUCAUUUUCUCACAAUAAUUGAAAACACUUCGGCGUAAAACUUUCGAAGUUAACGGAAAGCCUCUGCUAGAAAAUCUCAAUAUUUUCCUUUCUAAGUCCGUUUCCUGUUCCAUAUUUAAUACUGGUUUUGCUCCCAAUGACCUGUUUGAGGAACCGGAUUUAAGGUGAUUCCUUAAGGUACGACGCGGAAUCCCAGAUUGCUGUUCCACCCAUUCUUGAGACCGACCACUCCUUAAUAGCUGAAGGGCCUCUUCCAUCAUUUCUUCGGUCCAAUUUGCUCGUAUUCCUCGAUUUUUUUUCCCCAUAACUGAAAAAUAAAAAAAGUAUUUUCUACUGCGUAUGUAGGAGACAGAUAAUAUGGCCGGAACAUUAUAGCUACAGCUAUAAUACUUACCUAAGCUAGAAAACUGCUCCGCGCUGUAACUGUUGCUGACACGUUGGUAUAAAAAACUAUUUUCUAAGACUUCCGCAGGAAUCCUACAUGGAAAAACAACUUUUAGACCAUCUUGUAAUAGGCCUUAUUACCUGGCUAGAAACUUAAAGGUAACCAUUUCGGCAGGCAAUAAGGCCGGGAGCUCAUUGCAUUGAGAUAAGGUGGGAAAUUUCUUUAAAAAAAUAUAUAAGUAAGUAAAAAAUAUAUAAGUAAUGGGAUUAUUUUUUUAAGACUUUUGCCAGCGUAAACAAUUAAGAUAAAUUUACAAAAAAUUACGCAUUAUUUUGUAGCCGGCUUUAUUAUCUGCAAACAAAUUUAAUGGUAAGGCAGGUAAUAAGGCCGCGGCCUUGUUACAAGUCUGGCAUCCAUUUUCUUUUUGCGGUUAGAUGUAACAAAAAAAGAGUAAAUAAAACGAAACAACUAUGUUAAGUUAAUCUAUAUACCAACACAAUUUGGAAAAUAUAAUGCAAACAAUACUCUAAUCAAACUACCAAAAAAUGUUACUCACCUUUUGCAGGUAUUUUUUACAACACGGGCACGAAAACACUUCCAAAUUUUUAAACACGUGCAUGUAGGUAAAUGGAGGAAUCUAUACUAGCUCGCAAAGCGCCAACUGUUUUGUGUUAGAUCUGUCUACACCUAGAUGGUGCCACUAGGACCACAGAAUAUUAAGGUAUCCGUUGGGAUAACUUUGGCUUUAUUACCUGCCCGGUCUUAUUACCCAACAGUACCUUAGAUGGCGGAAGGUUGAAUAUUAAACAAAUUAUUUUAAAAACAUGAAUGACAGAACAAAAUGAAAAUGAUCGAUAUUACCCUACCUAUUCGAGUAAUAUCGACCAUACUUAAACCAUACAAAAACUUAAAAAUAUAUCUCUAAUUAACAAAAUAUCAAUGAAGCAAAAAAUGUCAAAUAUGGUAACUUUUAACAUAUCGUUGCUUUGCUUUGAUAAAGCCAUAACUCAAAAAGUCACAAUUUUAAAAUAAGAGCGUUUAAAAAACUUUCGGAAUGUAAAAUUUAUGAUUUUUUUUUGGUAUGGAAGAAUUGGUUUAAGUUUGGCUAAUUCGUAGAAAAGAUGGUAGAUAAUUUAGUUGAAUAAACAGAUGCGAGAAAACUCACGAUACUCAUUCUAUUUUUAAACAUAUGCCUUUAUUCAUGAAAAACUAACUACAACUGUUUUAUUUAACGUACAACUUAAUUGUUAAUUCCUUAAUUACAAAGGUAAAAUACAAGGUAAUAUACAAAUAUAAAUAAAGAUUGGUAUAAAACGGUCUAUAAAAUUUUGGAAAUUAGGUUUAGUAAAUCCGACUUUUUUCGCUGAGGUUUUUUUCGCUAAUUGAUUUGCUUGUUUUAUUUAAAUGGGUGUCAACCCUUUUAAAUUCAGUUUUUAGAUACGCAGUCUUGUAAAAAUAUGAAGAUUGUAAUUAUUGUAUUACUUUAAUAAUUUUAAUGUCACUCUUACAUUCUCUUUCUCUGUAUUUUUUAAUACCUCUUCAUGUUCCAAAAUCUUUAUGGGUCAUUUCUAUAACUACUUCUAUGGUCAGGUCCAAAGGACCAUUUUUUAGUACUCGCUUUACUUUUCUUUCUAUCAUAGAGUGAGCACUAUCGCCCUCAUUUUGCGUGUGCCCCUUGAUUAAAAACUUAUGAGUAAUUGAGGUAAUAUUGGGAAACUUAUUAAUAGGGUAAAGGGAGGUUAGAUGGACCACCUUAGAUGACCAGUCAAAGUACACAUUUGCCAAUUGGUACAUAAUAUAAGUAAACUUUAGUGCUCAAUUUGAAAUAGUUACAAAGGAAAAAUAUUUAAUAUUUAAACUAAAACAAAUUAAAUUCUAAAACUUCUUAAAGGUCCAUCUAUCCUAUCUUAUGGAGGUGAGAUGGACCAUAGCAGGUAGAAAAGAUGUACCAUAGUAAAUUAUAGAAAAAAUAGACGUCGCUACUUUCCCUUUUUUUUUAGAAGGUACGAUAACACACUUCUGGCAUAAGUUAACGUAACUUGUACAACUCUCGUACACAUAAGGCAUUUUAACCAUUCAUCUUUUUUUUGUUAAACGAUCAUCUUCACUGCAGCCAACGCACUUACUGUCAAAUUGGAGCGCGAAGGCUUUGUUUUUGCACUGUUCUCCUUGUUUUACUUAAUAGACUCGGGUAAAGUAAUAACUCCUAAUAUUUUAUGUCGAACUCUUUUUAUAGCCUUUUGUACGAUGGGUACGGGGGAAAUUUAUCCAAAGCUUUACCGGGAGUAAUUGUUUUAGUAGCUAAUAAUCUGUCAGGAGUGGUUUGUUGAUUUUGUAGACCUGAGGUACUUGGUUGGGAAGAUUCAGGCCUUGGUUGCGCUGUUUCAUUUGGUAUUGGCUCAUUUAUGGUGCAAACAGGGUUUUGGUCAAAAAUCCGUAAUCGGGUAUGGCUAAGGGAGAUUGUAAGGGAGAAUUCCUGUUGAUUUAAACGCAGAAAAAAUCAGUCAACCAUUUUUGCAAAAUGUACGGGAAAGAUUUGAACAAAACCUGUAUUAUUGCAUGGAAGUCGAAGGCCAACAUUUUGAACAUUUACUUGAUUGAUUUUAUUUUUAAGUCCUUUAUUUAAAAUUAUACUUUUUAACAUUUUUUUGUAACUUUUAUUAGCCCCUGUAUCGACUAGGCAACUAGUAACGAUUUAAAACUUUAGGGUUAUAAUCCACAUAAAAAUACCUUCAAAAUAAGGUAUCACUCGACCCCCCGUUCCAUUUAAAAUUUUGGGGGCCCUUGUCACCCCCGCUAGGGCUUUAUAAAGGCUAUGGCGAAACUAGCAAAAAAAUGGUUCCCCCUUGAAUCAAAAAUUGACGGGUCCGAGGAUUUUUCGCAAAUGUUCUGAGGGACCCAAAAUAGGAUCUGUUUCGUUUUCAAAUGGCCACCCUGUAUAUCCAGGUUUGUCAAAAAGACUGUGUUCUCUCAUACUGCUUUAAGAUCCGCGAAAUGGGUUUCAAUAAUUUCUCUCGACAUUCCGAUUGAUCUUGCAAUAGAGAUAUUUUCUGAUUUACGGAUCGAAAUUUUUGGUCUUCGGCGCAAAAAUAGCUCCAACCAUUUUUUGCCAGCUUUACCUAAAAAACAGUACCUAGAAGUUAAUUAGGUUUUUAAUAAUUUAUGUAAGUAUAAUUUACCUUCAUUUUAUUAAAUCUGUUUGAAAUUCCCAUUCUGUCGGCCAUUUAUAUGGAUUUCUCUCGGAAUACUAACUCGUAGUCUCGUAGUUCUGUGCUCAUAGGGUAAAAGAGCUUAAGUCUUAAUUCACUUAACUGAGAUAUUUGCAAUUUUGAAUUUGGCAACAUUUUUAUCAUCAAUUUUUUUAUCAUUUGUGUAAGAAUAAGCACAUAAUUUUCUCAGAUAACUUAAAAUAUUACUCUCUACAUACUUAAUAAUAAAAAUUCUGUAAAAGUUAUGUUAAAAGUGGUUUUUGACUGACUUAAGUGCUAAUGUCCGGAGUAUUUUUUAAACUUAAGCACUUUUGCUCAUAAACUAAAUUAAAAGACUUAUAUCAACUUUUAAACUUUAUUUAAAGUUUUUUUUUUAAACAUAUCAAAAUAACGUAAAGAGUUCUCCUAACAUCCUAAAACCUCCUAAUAAUAUAUUCUGCGACGCAAUAUUAAGAUGAAAUAUAUGAAAAUUGACCAAUACACUACUCAUCUUCUUCAUAACCAUCAGACCCAUUUUUUUGUGCUGAAGAGGUGGGUAGGUUUUUGUAAUAAUCAUGAAAUACAGGAUCUAUCAAAUGUAAGACACUUAGCAAAUUUUUCUUUUUCUCUUCAGAUAUUGGUAAAAAUGCUGUGUAUUGGGGUUGAGGUACUAAAUCCGGGUUAUUUUGCCGCCUUCGUAGAUAAGAAAUACUUUUAAAAGGUUCAUCUAUGUCAACAGAGGUUUUAUAUUGCAUUACGCCAAUCUGAUCUUUUGUCAAUCUCAACCACUGAACAUCGUGCCAUAUAAACUUUUCGUUUUCAGAAUUUCGGGUUUUAACUUGAAGCUUUUGAUUGUAAAGGGCCUUAAAAUCAUAAAAAUCUGCUUGCAGCAUCUCAGUGACUAAAAAUGUUCCCUUCUUCCCGACAGAACGGAUUAGCUGAGCCCAAUCACGUGGAUGGUGAAUUCUCAUAUCCGUCCUUUUUUUUUUCUUUUCAAUCAUAGCAUGUGCGGUGUCACAUUCCAUAUGGGAGUGUCCACUUAGCAUAAAUUUAUGGUCAAUUACUUUAAGAGAGGGGUGCUGCUGCAGAACUGAGAAACACAUAGCAGCUAUGUGCGAAUUUCGGUUUUGCCCUGUACAUGUAUCUGAAUACAUGACAACAUGGGAAAUAUGUUCAGGCAAAGUCAUAAAAUAUUUAUAUAAACAGGAACCUAUCUGAUUUGCCCCUCGGCCAGCUAUGGUUUCGUCCCACAAAAAAUUGUGUGCAAUACUUUCUGUCCCUUCGUAAAUUGUCAAAUUAUAAACGGAUAACUGACGUUUGUAGAACAUAAUACUUGUUUGAAUGUGGGGAGUUGCUAGCACUUGCUGAAGAUCAAACGAUAUCAUCUUUGUGGAUUUGUUUAUUUUCGCUUCCCCUUUGUCUUGGGAUUUAGCUAGAUAAUGCUUAUCAGCUAUAUCCUUAUGUUUAUUCCAUUCAGUUUGAAUGACCUCCCGAUCUUCAUUACUGGUAGCUAUUUUUAGUUUUAAACAAUAAGUGUCACAUGUAUUGCACGUAUCAUUGUGUGGCAACUUAAAAGACAAAUUCAUAUCGUUAAAAAUCUGUCUGUAGAUAUCAUACGAUACACGAGUAGUAGUUUGCUCUGUUGUAUAAAGAAUACAUCAAACGAACAUUUAAAUUUGCUGCCAGAUAUUGCUUCUGGGUAUGACGACGACUGUAAUGACUUUCGUAGCGGGGAAAAGAGUUUAUAUGAUCAAUGACUUGACUUCUUCGUUCAUCUGAUGUUUUUGAAAUUGGCGGAUUAAUACCCCUUCGGUCCAUUUCUGCUAUUCCUGCUUCAUUUACUGAUCUUGAAGCUAACAUAUACUUUAUAAAUCCGUCGGUGACAUCAAAUGUCUUUUGAAAACAAGUUUUGCAAAUGGGUUGCAAAUCGCCGUUGACUUUUAAAUUAUACACGUUACUUAGAGUACGAUUUCUUAGAGGUCCGUUCUGAUGUCGCAAUCUCUGAGUUGCUUUAGGGCCAGAUGUUAUCAAGCCGCUGAGGUAAUCAGAUCUUCUGUUUCUACUAUUCAUUGACCAAAAUGAGUUAAACAAUCCUUUUCUUAAAUUGUAAUUAAACCGAUUCUUACACUUUCGCCGACAAUCCGGAAGCUCUUCUAUACAUCUUUUCUCAGAUAUCAUUUUCCCAGUUUCAGUUACGUACGACUGACCUGAGUUUCUUUUAUCCUUUCUCUCUUUUCUAAUCUUUCGGCAUCGUUUACCUAAUACAGCAAAAGGCUGCGGAUGAUUAUCGCCUGCGGAGUUCUGAUUAUUUAUUUUAGUUUUUUUCGGAGGUAUGAUAUGCUCUUCUGAAUCGCGAUCUGAAUCCGUUUCUAUUGGAGGUAUAAAAUCAGGAUCAUUGAGUUGAUCAUUACCGUUAAAAGGGUCUUCUUCAGCGUCAGAAUGAUCAAGAAAUUGACAGACUGGAGUCAUUUCUAAAAAAAAAAAUUUAAUUGUUGUAAAACUCUGUUAAAAGAAAAGUUUCUUACGAGAAUUACGGUGGAGUAGAUUUAAAUGAAGUUGCGGAUCGUUCUGUUCUCUUGAUGAUAUUGGUUCGGUCUCGGGCUGUAUAACCAAUUCACAACUUUCUAUAAACAAUUUUAAUGCACGCUUAAAAAUUCUAAGGUAAGUAAAAGGGAAUAUAAAAUAUACACUUACCAUAUAUAUUUUGAAAAUCUGUGGCCUAAUAGGGAAGGUCAGUUUUGUUACUGGUCACCAUUGUUGCAUCAAUAAUAGUAAUUGGCAGACUUUCAAUAUGUAUAUUGUUGUCUACUGUUGCGACUCUUUCUGCUUCAGGCUGUUCAACAAAGAUUCUGUUUUCUGGAAAAAAUUAUAUUGAUGUAGGUAAAAAAAGGCAACAAAGUUAAGGUCAAAAAGCCAUGGGUAUUUUAUUUUAUGCCACUUGUGCAAUAGCCUGCAAUACAAUUAAUCCAAGAAGCAGGUGACUCCAUUACUAUUGGUAAAAUAGAUCUUUUCCAGGUGGUACAAAAUAGAAAACCAACGACGCCAGCUAUAUACAUGUCAGUAUUUUACUAACAAAAUACAAAAUACUCUCACCAUAAUAAUCUUGAAAUUCUGAUACCCCAUGAGUCAGAUCAGAUUUAUUUUUGUUCAUAGUUUUUACUUCAGUAAUGAUAAUUGGCAUAUCAAGGGUAAUUUCUUCUAAAACAGUCUCUUCUGUUACUGGUUCUAAAAUUGGAAUAAUCUGCUUAUUUUAACCAUUAAAAAUAAUAAUUGGACAUACCAUCGCUUCUUAAAGACUCAAAUUCAAUAUAAUCGUUGCCUGAUCCAUUUGGAAUGUCAAACAACUUUUCAACAGCUAUUACCUUAGGUAUUGUGGUCUCUGCAGCUUCAAGCAAAGUCAUAUCUAUUUAAAAUAAUACAAUUUUAUUGCAGUUUCUUGUUUUUUAAUGUGUGUAAGAUAUUUUCAUGUAAAGUAAAUUCAGUCAGAUAAACCGCAGUUAUAGAAAAAACAAUAGAAACAUUGUUUUUGUUUAAAUAUUAGAACACGACCUAAUCCGCAUUUAAAAUAAAAAUAUUUUCACGAAUCUUUAAUUUAAAUUGCGCCAACUACAGUAAAAAUGUUUCAAUAAAAAAAUAAAACUAUGCAAACUUAACCUAAAAAUUUUACGGUAAUUAUUAUCUUAAUAUUAUUCCUUACCUUUUCCGUGAUCCUUGUCUCUCUUCUCGACGUUUAAAGUCAUAGCAACUAUUUUCUUGCCUCUCGUACACAUAAUUAACACAAAAAAAGCUAACAAUACGUAUAAACAGCCAAUAAACAAAUUGCUUGAAACACAACGUUUCACUCUGCUCAACUAAAAUCGCGUUUUUUUAUCUCUCAAAACAGCUUAAUUCUGCAUACGCACUUACACGCGGUGCACUUUAUAAAUGGCUAUCAGUGGCGAAGCGUACGAGUAGACAAGGUAGACACUGUCUACCCAAAAUUAUCAAGUUAUUUGUCAUUAAUUUAUCACGUAAUUAUUUCAUGUAAUUGUUGAAUUAAAAUUUAAAAAAAUAACACAGAACGUAGUCGUAGUCGCUAUCCUUACUAUUAUUAUAUAGUAUCUAAACAUGAUUAAUCCGAAGGCGCGCCCCGCCUGCCGCACCGAUUAAGAUAAAAAUACAGGGCUGACACCCAAUUGAUGUAUACGAGCCCCAGGAAGACACACAUUGAUAUUUGUCUUCCGAAAUUUGGAGCAUAUCGAACCAAAUACGCAUCAAUCAGGCUACAGAGGUCCGGCCGCAUUCAGCCUAUUACGUAUGCAAAAUUUACUCGCGGGGAAGACAUUUGAACUUUUGUCUAUCGAAGUCGACCAGCUAUUUUAUUAUGCUAUUGAGGGUUAUUGUUUAUGGACACGCUUGAUCUGGUCGGCCGCAAUACAUCUUCAGUUUUGUCUGCAUUUGGUGGGGGCGCGUGCUAUAGUAAUUUAAUAAUUAGUAUUUUUAUUUUUGGGUAUAUAGAAAAGGUUUUUUUUAGUGGUUAUUUAUGAACGACUGUUCGAUAUGGCAAUUGUAUUUUAGUUGUGUUUUUUUGUAAGUAGUAUUUAUUUUUAUCUAUCUAUCUUUUUAUGCUAGUAGUAAUUAUUUAUUUCUUUUUUAUAUCACUACAUAAUUUUCCUCUUUGAGUUAAUAUUUCAUGCGCUUUCAUUCUGUAUUUCAUUAAAGUGCAUAAUAUUGAAUACACAUUUUUUUUUAAUUAACGAUUUUUAUUGUUUGUCUACCCGAAAAAAAAGUUCACGCUUCGCCACUGAUGGCUAUAACUGCUUUAGUCGACAAAGGCUCAAAUAUCCAUGUGUUUAUCUGGAGUAAAACUGCUUAAGUCAAAAUAGGUUGUUAUUUCCCCACAUAAAACGUACUUUUUAGUGCGAAAUGCAUUAUAAGAAUACUUAGGAGUAUUUACACGAAUAUUUUUCCUGUGUAUUUUUGUUCUUAAGUAUUUUUAUGACAUUUUACUCAAAACCAAUAGGAGUUAAUAUGUUAUGUUCAAGUUAAAUAAAUCAUGUGUUUGUAAAUAAACGACUUAGGAACUUUAACCCUUUGAAAAAAAAAAUUGGUAUAUAACCAUGACAUAAUCCCAUUUUCUCAAAAAACUGUUUUAAGCAGUUUUACCCUCUGACCACAGAGUUGUUGACAAAGCCCAAGGAGACGGACCGGUGUACUUCCCAGAAAUUGUCUAUAGCGGAGCACGGUUGCCGCUUACACUGUUGUCAAGUCUUUUCAAUCGAAGUAUUUUCAACCGAACAAUAUGAUGUACUAAUUUUUGUUCACCAUUUGAAUCCCCUUUUUUCUAGGUUAUUUGAUUUUAACCAACUUUUUUUUGAAGGAUGUUUUGGGUAUUCCAUAUGCUUUAGAGGCCUCGUUUACGCUCAUUUCCCCGCUUCUAUAUGCAUUUACUGCAUCGUUUAAUGCCUGAGAGGUCCAAUUUCCUCGCUCAGAAACUUUUGUUUUACGUAUGCACUUGUUAGGCAUUAUAAAUACUGAAAUAAAAAAAAUUGGUCCAUCUCACCUCCCUCGUCGUGGUCCAUCUAUCCUCAAAUGGGAGGAUAGACCACUUGGUAACAAUUGAACAGUUAAACUUGGCUUUCGCACUUCAAGUCCUACAAGGCACUAAUGCACAUACUUGCACCUUAAAUAACUAAAAAGGAUGAAAAACUUACAUAGGUGCCUUAAAAACACAAAUAUAUGAGUAAAUUGAAAUAUAAUUUUCACCAACAUAAAAUUAUUUUUUUUUAAGUCAUCCACAAAAUCGCGUGAAACUGUGAUCUGUCCAAUAUCUCAAGACAAACUAAUCGACAAGCAGAAGCAUCACACACACCGGUCAGGCGAGCGGUGAUGCCGUUGUUUGGUAAUUAUUACCGAUGACCCGACUAUCCUCUUGGUCCAUCUAACCUCCCUUUACCCUAUAUUUAUUUACUUUUUUGUAAACCACUGCAAUUGUAGGUAUAAAAAAUAAACUCGAUUAUUUUGUCUCUUGUUGAUAGGGCCUUUUUCAUUUCAAGUAUUUCAAUACACAGCUAGCCAUCUCAUUUACACUCCAAUCCGCUUCUCCUUCAUGCCAAACAAAACAGGUUGUGUUUUUCGCUCGUAAAAAGUGAGAUUAAAAACGUUAAGUUUACUUUUAUAGUAAAAUACAUAUAUAUCUCCCCUUGGACUCUGAAAAACUGCUUGCAAGUCAAAACUCACUACUAUGAUAUUAUUGCUACUUUCUUCUUUGUCUACUUUUUUAGCUCGCAGUGCCAAAGUCAUACUUUUCUUUAAGUGUUUCUUUUUCCGCAUCAGGUGCAUUCUGGUACGCCACACACUGCUCGCAUUGGCAUAAAAAAUUUCAAAUUAAAUUCAUCAGUGAAAAUUCUAUAAAACAACGUAGUUAACGUGCUGUUCAUUUCUCUUCAAACAGUUAUGUACAUAGUCUCUGUAAAUCUGCGAUAUGGAUUUGGUACCCUCUAUGUAGUGCCGGGUUGAGUCUGCACGGCAAUAAUGACUUGGCAUUUUAGGAAUGAAGUUUAUAUGGUUUCUAAUCCUAUCUUUAAGUUGUUGAUCUAUCUGUUUAUGUUUAUUGUGCUUUUCACGAAGGUCCUCUGAAGCAAUACUAGUUGAAAGAUCAAGUUUCUUUUCCAAAAUAGUGCGAAUAACUCUGUGAUUUAUAUUCAAUGUUGUGUGGAUGAAAAAGACUUUACCUUUAGGCGUUUUCCAUUUUUCAAUAUAAAAAGCGUUGUUUGCUUUUCUGCUACUUCCUUCUCUGACAUAGCGAUACUUAGAAUCAACUUUUACCAUAUUGCAGCAACGAAGUCUCCCUGUCUGUGUAAAUCCCCCAUCUGCCAGCAGUUAUUAAAUAUAACUUUUCCCCUGUCUUCUGUAAAUUUUUGCGAACAUGUAAGCCUACACUUUUCACUGCAUCCCAUUUCUCUGUCUCUAACUUGUUUUUUGCUUUUGUAGAAAAUGUAUGGCUUAUCCGUAUUUCUGAGCCUCUUAGCAGAACAGGUUAGCCUUAUUCAUUCACAUUUUUUGAAUUUUUUUCUUCCUCUUUUAGUCACGAUCGGCUUUUCUGUUAAGAGGAUAAUAUCACUUCUUUGAACCUCAGACCUAUUAAUCUCUGACGAGCUACCAUCGGUACUAUUGUCAGAGGCGUCAUACGUGGGGUCUGCAUCAGUGUCAUCGGAACUCUCAUCAAAAUCAGAUGUCAACUCUUAAAUAUCUCUGAAAUUCUUGUUUGAGAUGUGGUUUUUUUUUUUUUUUGAGAUUCAACCUCUGCUAUUAAGUUUGCUGUAAAUUAAAAGGAAAAAUAAAUCAGUAUUAACUAACACGUUACUAAAGACUAAUAGGUACAACUUACAAUAUUUUAAUUUAACUUCCUGUACUUUUGUGCUAGAAGAGUCGCAGCUGUCAAUGGGAAUUUUUUCGAGAUUAGAAGCUUCCAGAAAUUCUUCUAUUCGGAAGCUAAAAUUUUCGAGUUCAUUUUGUGUUGGUAUAGAGGGCGAACUGGAAGUAUUUAUAAUAGGAUCAGUUACUGGAAUUAGGGGAAGCAGGGGGAAUGCCGCUCAGUUAAGGAAAAAACGCAAUAUUUUUAUAAAACUUUGGUUUUUAUUAAAAAUAAGAACAAAUGACAAAAGUUUACCUCUUUGUGUGUCAAUAUGUUAACAUAAAACGUAAUUAUAGUUUACCUAAAAACAGUAGGAAAACUUCAAAAAAAAAUCAGGGUUGAGCGUCAAUGCCCCUGGCUAUGGGUAAUACCGCUCAGCCAUAGGGGUAAUGACGCUCAAAUCUGCUUUUUUAAAAAAUAACCGUAUACACAUAUUUUUUUAUGAACAAAUAAAAAAAACAACCUUAAAUAACUAAAAUAAAGUAUUUAGUCAUAGUUGAGCAUCACUAAACAUCAUCAUUGUAGUUUUAGUUACAGAAAUCACAGAUGUAUCCAUCUGGAGAAUCCCAUCCGGUGCACAUGGCAUGAGUCCAGAACCCACAUAUGGUACAGCGAUACCACAUUUCAUUAUUUCUUCUAAAUUCUUCGCAAAUAUUGCAUUUAUUAUAUUCAUUUCCUUCCACACUCAAUUCAUCAUCACUGUCAUCGUCACAGACAUUUUCAAUUUGUUCAUCGUCAUCUGAUGAACUGUCUUGCAAAACUUUGCGUUUGCAAGAUGUUCCACUUUUAUUUUUAUUUCUAUUAUUUCCUGUGACUUUACUUCUUGUUUGAUCUUUUCUUCCGGUCUUAUUGAGUUUUUUUUUCUUGUUCGUUUCUUUCUCUUCUAAUAUAUUUUUCAUUGGAGUCGAUGUUAAUAUGGUAGAAUGUUGUUUUCUCUUCCUUUGAGCUGGCUUUGAAGUUGACGCAAUAGUUGGUGGUGUUGUUGCUAUCUUAGAAAAAGAAACAUAAGUUUGUUUUUGUUCACCCAAAAGUGCCUGGUUAGAUGGACCAGAAUUGGGUGAUUUAUUUUUGAUAGACUGGGACUUAGAUGCAGCAUGUACAGAAGCUUCAAGAUUUUGAUUUCGCGCUUCCAUCAGUGGAUCAGGAGCAGGAGAUUCAUGAUCUUGGUGGUUUGACAUAUCAAGUGAUGAACCAGUAACUGGAGAUGCAGGUGCUUGAUUGAUCGUCAUGUGAUGAGUUUGCGCAGCUCCAAGAUUAUCGCCAGUUUCAUUUUCGUUUUGAGUGGGUUGUUCUGAGUUUUGAGCCAUCAGAGAUGCUGCCAAGAAGUCUUGUUCGUUCAGUAAAAACAUUUGGAUUUAAAGGGUAGAUUCCAGUGGCUCGGAAUCCUGCUUCUCCUUUGCUUAUGUUUGCAACUUGUGCAUAUGCCUUGUUAAAUAAACAGGCGACGUCAUAUGGAGUUAUUUUAGCCAUUAAGUGUGUCUUCAUAUGCAUGUUGCAUUCGUGUUUAUAAGCAGCUUUUAAAAGCAGCUUUUUUAAAAGCUGGAAGGGAGAUGUGGCUGCUAUGGUUAUCGAGUAUUACGAGUACAGGAGAAUCUUCUGUACGCUUGACAUAUGCUGCAAAAUGUUUAAGCCACUCUACAAACAAUUCCUCAUUUAUCCAGCCAUUCUUGGAGUGGGUGUAAAAUGCACCAGGCGGCAUCCUUUUCUAGUAACGGUGUCAUCCUCUGCCUGGGAAAAAUAAACAUUGGUGGUACGAAGUUCCCAGCCGCACUCAUGGCACACAAGACUGAUAUAUUUCUGCCGCGUUCGCCGCUCGUAACUGCGCCUACUCUUCGUUGCCCUUUUUCUGCAAGCACUUUUCCCGGAUCUGUGACGGUUGUGAUCCCUGUUUCGUCAGCAUUGUAUAUAUUAUUAGGAGGAAACCUAUACUUUUCCAUUAGGUCACCAAGCAUUUGGUAGAAGUGAGUAAUCUCUUCUUUGUUAAAAGCAGAAACCCUAUUUAAACUUGUUGCUUCAGCUUUACGUACAGCAACAGAAGGGUUGCGUCGCAUAAAACCUUGUACCCAAUCUAACCCAGCCAUUUUGCUGUUCUUAUCAAAAUUAUUUUUGAUACUGUUAAUCUCUGCAUACUUGUAAACGGAUUUACGCAAAUCUGUAACGCUUAAUCCAUAGUAUAUUGAUCCCAGCAGCUUAACCUGUUCAGCUAUUUCACUUUCUUGUUGUUGAUUAAAAACUGGUUUACGACCCAGUCGUGGACGGCCUAUGUUUUGAUUCUUUAGCCUAUCUCUUAAUGUAGUAAAUGGAAUUUUAUAUGUUCUUGCUGCUAGUCUUUUCGACAUCCCCCUUUCAAUCGCAGUUCUGGCAUGCAGUAGGUCUUCUUCGGUCCAAGCCGCUUUGGCAGUGGUCCUUUCACGUUUUCUGGGCAUAUUCUGAAAAAAAAACCUUUACUAAUGGGGUAAUGACGCUCACUUGAGCGCCAUAACCCCAAAUGACCGUUUUAUAUUUGAUUUAAAAUAUAAAAUAUAUACAAAUACAAUUGCACAACAAUGUUUACAUUAUCACAAAACAGAAUGUCUUAGUACUUUAGAUAAUAAUACAUGUGAUUAAAAGUGUUGAAAAUCUUGACUUACCGCUAAAAAUUCGGAGCUAAAAAUUAGAUGAAAGCUGCCGAAAAGAAACAAACGCACUUCACUCUUACGGCUACGGAAGCAAACUGCUAUUAUGGCGCUGGGCGGCACCGACAUCACCCCCUCGCGUCUCAGCCCAUGUGCUGUGUUUCUAUGCAACGUAUGUGUCAAGUAAAUAGGGUGAGCGGCAUUACCCCCUGAGCGCAAUUACCCCUGCUUACCCUACUUAUAUCAUACUAGAUGGUAAUCUUACAUCCCUAGAAAGUAAGAUUAUCAUAUCAUACACUUUUCCUAUAUUCAACAACCUUAUAUUCACUUCAUUCAGCUGCAUUCUCAUUUUGUACCCUGCUGAGUUUUAAUAUUAACUGUGUUCUUGAGUUGGAGGGUUCCAUAAUUUGACUACUGAAAAAUAAAAGAAAAAAUGAGUAAAAAAUGGACACAAAAUAUUUCUUGAAUAUGGGCACAACCCCAAAUAAAUUAAAAAACACCUCUGUUUAAAUAUUUUCAGUGGCACAUUGCAAAAUAUCACACUUAAAAAAAUAUAUUAAAGAAAAGUAAUUAAACUUACUGUAAAUAAUGGCACAAUUCAAAAUAUACCGAUAUCAACGAACAAAAAUGACAAAAAAAUUGUUGUAACUAGAAAUGUGCCGGUUUAAAAGAAUAAACAACGUCGUUUCACUUUGAAGGCUCGUAAACAACUGAAAAUAUGCUGCUCACUGCUGUCACUGAAUUGUGAUCGGUAAUUUGAUAGCCACACACGUUACAUUUAGCAGAAUACUAGUAACAGUAAAAAUAAGCCAGUUUCAUAAAUAUUGAAAAUAUGGAGAUUUAUUUUUUAGAAAAAACUCGGAAACUGAUUUUUCAUAGGUGGCGUCAAUCAAAGCAAAGCAGCGAUAUGAUAAUCUUCACAAGGCGUAGCUGUUGAGAUUUGACGCGCAAUGACACAAACGCCAUCUCUUCGGUAAUAUUUAAAGCAACAUUUGUGUCACUUUUCUAGCAAAAACUAUUGAUAUUUUUAGAUUAUUUAGUUGAUAUUAUUAGACUAUUUAAACAAAAAAAAAUUAAAUUUCUCUUGUGUCACUUAUUCCAAAUGAGGGAAAUCACACGUUUAUUUCCCUAAGUAGCCUACAGCGAUGCCAAAUGUUUUAAAAAAAAGUAAGAAAAACGCUUGCUAUUUCAUCUCACCCAGUAAGCCGUCUCAGGAAUACUUCCCCGACCAAAUGCUUAGACAAGCCUACAUAGGCUAAAAUUUAUUAAAAUUUACAUUAUUGAAAUAUUUUUUAUUCACCUUAGAACUAGCAUAUAAAAUAUUGGUGUUCGUAAGUUCACGUUACGGCACAUAUACUGUAUAUGGGUUUAAAUAGAAAAAUAACCAGUGUAAUUACCCUAUUUGCUUCAUGACCAAUAUCACAAGUAAUAUUAGUUAAGAAAGAAAAUAAAUUUACUCUAUUUUUUGGAUAUCUUGUAAUAGUUUAAGUGGCACUUUAAAAGCAUUUAUUCCAUUAACCUACACAGCACUACAUGCAAAAUUCGACGUUCUAUUCUUCUUUUAACUGAGCAAAACCAAAUAAAUGUGCUCUCAAACUCAAAUAAUUUCUUGUCCCAUUAUUUUGUCAGUAAUUUAAUUUUAGGUUUGUGUAUAUUUCCAUUGUCAUAUGAAUUUCUUUAAUAUUAAGUAUUUAUUGACUAUUUAAUAAAAAUCCCUUUGUAAAUUAUUAUACUCGUAAUGUUUUGGCUUAUAUAUCUUUCUUGUUGUUAAAAAGGCUUAAGAAGUACCUAUAUUUCACUUUUUACUACCUAGAUGUUAAUACAGAAAUUCCCUCUUAUGAACGCUUAAUAUUGUGUGAAAAAGUAUUUUUGUCGUAUAAAUUUAUUACCAAUUUAUACUAUUUGAUUGUUAAAAUUUAUGGCAGACUCAAAGUAAAUAUAUGAUAGCAGGUGCACUCGCGUUUAUCUCAACGAUAUUCUAUGAAUUAAAAUACGGCGACGUGGUUUUGUAACCGUGUACCAUUUUAAUUAAAACAAAAGGUACAUUUCUGUCUACAGACAAGUAAAAGAUAUUUGUUAAUUUUUUUGAAUAAGUAUUGACAAAUUAAAUGUUAUCUUAAAACAA